AUGGACAACAUACAGGAUGCAAGGGGAGGGCCCUCCUCCGAGGACCCUGUCUCUCAGGUGCCACCAGGCCCUCAAACAGAUGCCGCCACACCUCAGGCUUCGUCAGCUUCAGCCAAGUCACCGGAUGCCGAGACAUUCGACUUCGACGAAGAGUCUGCCCUCCGAAAUUUGACCGAGAACGUGCGCGACCAGGAUGACCUCGAGCGCGAUAUUUCUUUCCAGGCAAACCUGGCGCUUAUUGAUGCCGAAGACAAGAAGGAUCAGAAGCGCAUAGCGAAGUCCGAGACUACCAAGGCGAAGCUCGAAACUCAGAAGAGGGCGCAGCAGCAGAAGCUUCGCGCGGCAUACAACAACCCGACUCUGAAGUUGCGCAUAGAGAAGGAAAUAGCUAGGAUCAAUGCAGAGAUAGAGCUGAUCGAGAAGGACAUCUCGGAUUUCAAUGCGCGCAUUGAGCAGAGACACCAGGACGGCGCGGACGAAGCCUCUGCUGGCUCCGCCGGAAACAGGAGACUUCCGAAUGAGACGCAGCGGGAAUUCCUUAUUCGCACUGGAAAGAUCACUCCGUUUGCUAAGUUCGGCGGACCGCGUCCAGACGGAAUCCAGGGCGAUCUGGCCAAUGCCAUCAUCGAAGCUGAGGACGAGGCUGUUGCCGAGGAGCUGGAAAAAGAAGCCACCGAGGGACCUCGGUCGCAUCAAAAUUUGCGCUUGCCAGGCUUUGCCGAAGAACCUGAUUCUGCGGCAUCGCCCGCAACGUCGGCGGCCGAGAGCGAGUUCUCUCUGCGACCCAGAAAGAAGCGAAGAGUCCAAGUAGAUGCUACUUCUGAUGAGGAGUACAAGCCAGAGCAGGAGGCCGCCUUCACACCAGACUCGAUAGGCUUUGAGGACGAAGACUCGGAUGAUGUGGACCUUACUGACCUGAACCGGAACACGUCUCGGAAACGAUCUGCCAAGAAGGCUGCUGUGAACGAAGACAAACUCGAUCUCAGUGGCAUUGAUGACGGGAACGAGAACGUCUACCAGCACAGACUCGCAGACUGGGUUGACAGGAGAAGUCGUGCAAGGCGCCGCCGGCAGGAAGCUCUCGGCCAGCCGGUCGAUGACCAGACUGAAGAGGAGUGGUUCAAGCCCUCCCCCGAUGAGCCUGAUCAUUAUCUCGAACAUGGGCUGAAGCUACCUGGCGAUAUAUACCCGUCAUUAUUUGACUAUCAAAAGACGGGUGUGCAAUGGCUUGCCGAACUCUAUGACCAGAAGGUGGGCGGUAUUGUUGGAGAUGAGAUGGGCCUGGGCAAGACCGUCCAACUCAUCUCGUUUGUCGCGGCACUGCACUAUAGCAAGAUGCUGAACAAGCCCGUCAUCGUCGUGGCGCCGGCUACAGUGCUACGCCAGUGGGUCAAUGAAUUCCAUCGGUGGUGGCCUCCACUGCGCGUCUCCAUCCUCCAUUCGAGCGGCAGUGGCAUGCUGAAUGUCCGCAACGAAGACCGCCUCGAGGAGGACGAGUACGACUGGGACAGGGAGACGAAGCCUGCUGGCUCGAGCAAGGCGGCGAAGAAGAUAGUGGAUCGCGUCGUCAAGCACGGCCAUGUCUUGGUCACUACCUAUGCUGGACUUCAGACCUACGGUGACGUGCUCAUUCCUGUGGACUGGGGCUACGCUGUCCUCGAUGAAGGCCACAAGAUCCGCAACCCGAACACGGCGAUUACGGUCUACUGCAAAGAGUUGCGGACGGCCAACAGGAUUAUCCUGUCUGGCACGCCCAUGCAGAACAACCUGACUGAGCUCUGGUCGUUGUUUGACUUCAUCUAUCCCAUGCGACUGGGCACACUUGUCAAUUUCCGCAACCAGUUUGAACUUCCGAUCAAGCAGGGUGGCUAUGCCAACGCGACGAAUCUGCAGAUAAUGACUGCACAAAAGUGUGCCGAGACGCUGAAGGACGCGAUCAGUCCGUACCUGCUGCAACGGCUCAAGGUCGACGUCGCGGCUGACCUACCCAAGAAGAGCGAGCAAGUACUCUUUUGCAAGCUCACACAGCCUCAGCGAGAGGCCUAUGAAUCGUUCCUCAAGUCCGAGGCGAUGGAUGCGAUCCUGAAGCGGACGCGCCAAUCGUUAUAUGGCAUCGACAUCUUGAGAAAGGUUUGCAACCACCCAGACUUGCUGGACCCCCAGCUGAGGGGUAAGGUUGGCUAUAACUGGGGCAGUCCCGUCAAGUCGGGCAAGAUGCAGGUCGUAAAGGCGCUGCUGCAGAUGUGGAAACACUUUGGUCACAAGACGCUCUUGUUUUCCCAAGGAACGCAGAUGUUGGACAUCCUCGAGUCGUUCGUCCGACGGCAGGGUGAUAUCAACUACUUGCGGAUGGACGGCAAGACGGCCAUCAAGGACAGGCAGACUUUGGUGGACAAGUUCAACAAUGAUCCUGAUCUCCAUCUCUUCCUGCUGACCACGAAAGUGGGUGGCCUGGGAGUCAACCUGACAGGUGCCAAUCGGGUCAUCAUCUUUGACCCAGACUGGAACCCCUCGACCGAUGUCCAAGCUCGUGAGAGAGCCUGGCGUCUGGGUCAGAAGAAGGAGGUCACCAUCUACCGCCUCAUGACGGCGGGCACCAUCGAAGAGAAGAUCUACCACCGCCAGAUCUUCAAGCAGUUCCUGACCAACAAGGUGCUAAAAGACCCCAAGCAGCGGGCGUCUUUUGGACUCCACGACCUACACGACUUGUUCACCCUGGGCUCUUAUGAAGACGGCGCCACGGAGACAAGCGAGCUGUUCAAGAGCAGCGAAGUGCAGAUCCAGGCAAAGAAGUCGCUCAUCACGCCGGGCCGCGACUCCGUGCCCAUCGUCAUCGACGGCCAUAAGAAAGACGGCAAGGCAACAAACGGUGCGGACAAGACCGAGGGCGACCUGCGGGGCAUCGCCGGCGUGGCGGGCUUGGAGGACUACCAAGAGGAUCCCGAGACGGCGCCCCCGCCGAGCGACGAGGCCCGAAUCAUGGAGGGCAUCCUCGGCGGCGCGGCCAUGCACAGCGUCGUCGAGCACGACCAGAUCGUCGGCAGCGGCAAGCCCAGGGCCGACCCGGCCAUCCUGCGCCAGGAGGCGAACCGCGUGGCCAGCGAGGCCGCCGCGCACCUCCAGCGCUCCGAGAACCAGGCGCGCCACGUGCCCAUCGGCACCGUCACCUGGACGGGCGAGGUCGGUUCCGCCGGACGGCCCGCCCAGCGGCGUCGGGGGCCCGGCGGGCCCAGCUCGGCGAGCAUCCGCGCCGGGCUGGCGAGCCGCCAGGGCCUCUCGGGCAGCUCCUCGUCGCGGUCCGGCACGCCGGAUGGCGGCGGCGGCGGCAUCAACAGGAACAUGGGGCCGCGGGAAUUCGAGAAGGCGAUCCAGGAGUUCAUCCGCCGGCACAGCGGGCAGGUGCCGUCCAAGCUGCUCGUGGACCACUUCAACCGGUUCUGCCCGGGCCCGCGGCAGGCGGGCGACUUUAAGACAGCGCUGGACAAGGUGGCCAUGAUGGAGAAGAAGGGCUCGAGCAUGAGGGCCAUCUGGGCGCUGAAGCCUGCUUACAAGUAG